UAAAGCUAUCAACAGUUGAUCCAUCUCAGCAGAGCCUUCUCCUGGGUGGUUUCCAUCAAUCCUCCUUCCCCCAAAACAGCUCGAACACCUCGGCGGGUGUUAGCAGUAUCCACCUCCCAGAGGACCCUACCGCUAGCAAUUCUAGUGAACAGGGUCGCAAUACAAGCAGUUCCCUUCAGAAUAACUCAAACUCUUCUCUCAUGACUGGAGGAAGCAGUGAACGUACACGACAUCGUUUGGGUGUGAGAUUUGACCUUGACAACAACGAACAUAAUCAACAUCCUGGCCCGAAUAGUCAGAGUGGAUUGACUGGACCUACGGCAAGCCAUGGUCGCCAACUCUCAAUGCAACUGUAUCGUGAUCUAGCUGGAAACUUGAAAAAGGUCGGUUCCCUUUAG